GAGGAGUAUGUGGAAUAUUCCAGACGUGGGCAAGUAAUCAAGGGAGCUGAAAAGAGAACAAUUCGGUCAAGGUAUGAAGAGGAUGUUUGCAUAAACAAUCACACGAGUGUAUGGGGAUCGUAUUGGAAGGAUGGUCACUGGGGCUAUAAGUGCUGCCAUUCAUUGAUCAAGAAUUCUUACUGCACAGGAGAAUCAGGAAAAGAAGCUAAUUGUAUGAUUCCAGAGGAAACAUUUCUCCAUGAAAACAUCCAAGAACCUAAAGAAGAGCAAGAAGGUGAAUCCAAAACUUCUCAGUCUGUUACAGUUGAAAAUGACUGUAAAAAGGAUGAUGUCACAACACCUUUUCAGUGGGAAAAAAAGGUUUCAGAAGCUAAGAAGAAAAAGAAGAAAGAUAAGAAACGACAAAAAAAAGAGAAAAGGAAAAAGAAGAUCUCUAAAUCAAGCUCCAGUUCAGAUUCUGAUAGCUCUGAUGAUGAAGACAGAAAGAAAGAUAAAAAACUUAAAAGGGCAUUGAAGGAAGAAGAAAAACAACAGAGAGAAGCCAAAAAGUUGCUUUCCAUGGAUGAACGGGACCGGCCUUAUAACAGUAUGUAUGAAGCCAAGGCUAUAACAGAAGAGGAAAUGGAAGCUUACUUUAUGAAAAGACUCCGACCAGAAGACCCCAUGGCUGCAUUCCUUGGAAACUAGCAAGCAGCCUGCUAAACCUGCUGUUAGACAGUUUCCAAAGCAUAUAACUAAUAUCUUUAAAAGAACUUGGGUAGUUUGUCUGUUUUGAAACAGGUAUUAAACUUAAGACUUGAGAAUAGUUGUGACAGUUUAUCAUCCUCGGGUCCAGAAAUGAAGAAAGUUUGAUGAUGUUUUCAAGAAUUGGAACAAUGGCUCUUGUUUUAACCAGGUCAGCUCAAUGUUUGCUUUUAGGGGGUGGAAACAAGCUACAAAUUAUAUGUUUGUAUGAGGAAGAAGAACAUUGGGAUACAACAUUGUUAAAGUCAUGAACGUGUGAGUUUCUCUAUCAUUGUCUUGUAAAGAAACGAUUUCUUUCUCUUAAAGUUAUUUCAAUCUUAAUAAAUCUACACAUAAUUUGAAAUAUAUUCAUAAAAUGUUUGUUUAAUGGUUUAUAGAGAUGAACCAAGAACAUCACUACGUGAUUGAUGUAAGACCAUCAGAAAUGAUUUUACUAGUAAACCUAAGUUGAGUAUUUCUGCUUUAGAAGUUCAAAGCUCAAGAUAUAAAAUGUGUUAAAUGAGGCUUAUUGCUGUGGAGUUUCUUAAUUAGAUGAUUGGUUCAUUUGUUUUGGUAUACACAUUCUUGACAUUAUUUGAAGUGUACAUUUUUGUAUUACAUGUGUAAUUUCAUUACACCUCCAAUAUGAAGUAAGAUAAGGUUCUAAAUUUACUCAAAAAAAACGAGAAGGAUUGAAUGGUUAACAUUCAUUUCAUGGUGUUGUGUGUCUGAAUAAGUGUACAGUAAAACCAAAGUUAGAAUUGUACAAAUGUUAAAGGUAAUAAUAAGAAACAAAAAUGUGACAUGUAAAUAUGGAAUUACUUGAAUAUUUACUUCUCAGUAGACUUAGGAUGUGUAUCUAUUUUGUUUAAACUGUACUGUAUAUCAUACAGAACUUACAUGUUUAUUUUGUUUUUAAAUACACAUCAUUUAAUGUUAACUUACUGUUCCUCUUCUGUAUUGAAUAGCUUUGUAUUCUAAUAAAAAAAUUUUCAAAGUG